CAUCUCACAGUAUUUUUGGGACAAUUGUUGACAGUGUGGUUUUGUGUCGCAAUCCCGAAUUUUCUUAAAUUUACAUCAAUUUUAAGCAAGAGCAUCAGGAAGUGUUUGAGGGUGAAAAAUGGCCGACAAUGAUGACCUUUUGGACUACGAGGAUGAGGAGCAGAAUGACCCAGUUGUUGCUGAGACUGCCGAGGCACCCAAGAAGGACGUGAAGGGCACAUAUGUGUCCAUUCACAGUUCUGGUUUCCGGGACUUUCUGCUGAAGCCCGAAAUUCUGCGUGCCAUUGUCGAUUGCGGCUUUGAGCAUCCGUCUGAAGUUCAGCACGAAUGCAUCCCUCAGGCUGUCCUGGGCAUGGAUAUUCUGUGCCAGGCAAAGUCAGGUAUGGGCAAGACGGCAGUGUUUGUCUUGGCCACGCUGCAGCAGCUGGAACCAACGGAGAAUCACGUGUACGUCCUUGUGAUGUGUCACACGCGUGAGCUGGCAUUCCAAAUUAGCAAGGAGUACGAGCGUUUCUCCAAGUACAUGCCAACUGUAAAAGUGGCAGUGUUCUUUGGUGGGCUGCCCAUUCAGAAGGACGAGGAGAUCCUCAAGAGUACCAAUCCACACAUUGUGGUUGGAACUCCUGGGCGAAUCCUGGCUCUCAUUCGCAGCAAGAAACUCAAUCUCAAACACCUCAAACACUUCAUCCUCGAUGAAUGCGACAAGAUGCUCGAGCAACUUGAUAUGCGUCGAGAUGUCCAGGAGAUCUUUCGCAAUACACCUCAUGGGAAGCAAGUGAUGAUGUUUUCGGCGACACUCAGCAAAGAUAUUCGUCCAGUCUGCAAGAAAUUCAUGCAAGAUCCAAUGGAGGUUUAUGUGGAUGAUGAAGCCAAGCUGACGCUCCAUGGAUUGCAGCAGCACUAUGUCAAGUUGAAGGAGAAUGAGAAGAACAAGAAACUCUUUGAAUUGCUGGACGUCUUGGAGUUCAAUCAGGUGGUGAUUUUUGUAAAGUCUGUUCAGCGUUGUAUGGCUUUGGCCCAAUUGCUGACUGAACAGAAUUUCCCAGCAAUUGGGAUUCACCGUGGGAUGGUGCAGGAGGAACGUUUGUCACGCUAUCAGCAGUUUAAGGAUUUCCAGAAGCGAAUUCUGGUGGCGACAAACCUUUUUGGACGCGGAAUGGACAUUGAACGAGUGAAUAUUGUCUUCAAUUACGAUAUGCCUGAGGAUUCAGAUACGUAUUUGCAUCGGGUGGCAAGAGCUGGACGUUUCGGCACCAAAGGAUUGGCCAUUACUUUUGUCUCUGAUGAAGCUGAUGCCAAGAUUCUCAAUGAGGUGCAGGAUCGCUUUGAUGUUAAUAUCACGGAACUUCCCGAUGAGAUUGAUCUGUCUUCUUACAUUGAAGGACGAUAGAGGAUAAACAGUUUGGACAUUAUUAACUUUGUCAAACAUUUACUUUAAACUUAAGUAAUUUGAUUUAGUGGAAUAGAUUGUAAGUGAUGAUUUUCAAGAUUGAAUGAGCUAAAGAUUAAUGCUGAAAAUGUGUUGGCACAUUUUAUCAGGCUGAUUUUUUUUUCACAAGAAAUUCAACAUUCAAGAACCAGCAACAUUUUUUUUAAUAUCACAAGAAUAAAUUGAUAUUC